CGCCUUAUUGAGGGGUCCUGACAGUGAAAACUAUCAAGCGCCAUCACCCACUUCACUUAUGAAUAUAAACACAUGCACAUGAGGAGCAGUUAUGCCUGCUGAGCGUAAGAAGUCUGUAAACAUGGAGGAGAAAGAGACUGGCAAUAAGGACAAAGAUGCGGAGAGGCCAGCCGCCACCGCCUCUCGUGAGAAAAGCAAAGACGAGACCAAAAUGAGCGGAAAGAAAGAGGGAGGAAAGACACCGGACGAGAAGAAGAGACGAGCAGAGGAGGAGAGGAAAAGGAAGGAGGAGAAGGAGAGGAAGAAGAAAGAGGAGGAGAAGCUGAAAGCUGAGGAGGAGCAGAAGAGGAAAGAGGAGGAUGAGAAGAGACAACAGGAGGAGGAGGAGAAGAGGCUGCUGGAGGAAGAAGCCAAACGACAGAAAGAGGAGGAGGCUGCUCAACUCAAGGAGAAGGAGGAGGCCGAGCAGCUCCAUCAGGAGGCGUGGGAGCGUAACCACAGCAGGAAAGAUCUCCGCGGUAAGAACCAGCACGUGCAGGAGACACGUCCAGAGGAGGCGUUCUUCAGCCGUCUGGACUCCAGUCUGAAGAAGAACACGGCGUUCGUCAAGAAGCUCCGCACGCUCACGGAGCAGCAGCGCGCCUCCCUUUCUCAAGACUUCAACUUGCUCAACCUCAGCAAAUACAUCGGCGAGGCCGUGAGCUCCAUGGUGGAGGCCAAGCUGAAGAUCUCAGACGUGAGCUGUGCCGUGCACCUCUGCUCUCUGUUUCACCAGCGCUACGCAGACUUCGCUCCGCUGCUGCUGGGCGCUUGGAAGAGACACUUUGAAGCCAGGAAAGAUGAGAAGACGCCCAACGUGAGCAAACUGCGCACUGACCUGCGCUUCAUCGCCGAGCUCACCAUUGUGGGGCUGUUCACAGAUAAAGAGGGGCUCUCGCUCAUCUACGAGCAGUUGAAGAGCAUCAUCGGAUCAGACAGGGACACGCACACGCACGUGGCCGUCAUCAUCAGCUUCUGUAAGCACUGCGGUGAUGAUGUCGCCAGUCUGGUGCCACGGAAGGUGAAAAACGCUACGGAGAAGUUCGGCUUGUCCUUCCCGCUCAGUCAGAUCAUCAGUGCUGAGAAACAGCAGCCGUUCCAGAACCUUCUGAGGGAAUAUUUCACUUCCCUCACUAAACACCUGAAGAAAGACCACAGAGAGCUGCAAAACAUCGAGAGACAGAACAGACGGAUUCUUCACUCUAAAGGAGAGCUCAGUGAAGACAGACACAAGCAGUAUGAAGAGUUCGCCACCUCCUAUCAGAAGCUCCUGGCAAACACACAGACUCUGGCUGAUCUACUGGACGAGAACAUGCCUGAACUUCCUCUAGAUAAAACCGCCCAGGAAGAGCACGGUCCAGGCAUCGAUAUCUUCACACCAGGAAAGCCGGGAGAGUUUGACCUGGAGGGCGGGAUCUGGGAGGACGAGGACGCUCGUAACUUCUAUGAAAAUAUGGUGGAUCUGAAGGCGUUUGUUCCUGCCAUCCUCUUCAAAGAUAACGAGAAGAGCGGACAGAACAAGAAAGAGGAGCGUGAGGCGAACAGCACUGAGGAGUUGGAGAUUGAGCUGGAGGCUCUGGACAUCACCGAUGAUCCUCUGGAUCUGGACACGGCUGAUGAGACAGAGAGUGAAGAACUGGCCAAGAAAAUACUGGAUGAGCAAGAACAAGAGGAUGAGGAGGCCAGCACCGGCUCUCAUCUCAAACUCAUCGUGGAUGCCUUCAUCCAACAGAUGCCAAACUGCAUCAAUAGGGACCUCAUUGAUAAGGCAGCGAUGGACUUCUGUAUGAACAUGAACACAAAAUCAAAUCGCAGGAAGUUGGUUCGGGCUCUCUUCACUGUACCCCGGCAGAGGCUGGAUCUGUUGCCGUUUUACGCUCGUCUGGUGGCCACUCUUCACCCGUGUAUGUCUGAUGUAGCAGAAGAUCUCUGCUCAAUGCUCAAGGGAGAUUUCCGCUUCCAUAUCAGAAAGAAAGAUCAAAUCAACAUCGAGACCAAGAAUAAGACGGUGAGGUUUAUCGGGGAAUUGGCCAAAUUCAAGAUGUUUUCCAAAAACGACACGCUGCACUGUCUGAAGAUGUUGCUGUCUGAUUUCUCUCAUCAUCACAUCGAGAUGGCCUGCACGCUGCUGGAGACGUGUGGACGAUUUCUCUUCCGCUCACCGGAAUCUCACCUGCGCACCAGCGUCUUACUGGAUCAGAUGAUGCGUAAGAAACAGGCUCAGCAUCUGGAUGUGCGUUACGUGACGAUGGUGGAGAACGCCUAUUACUACUGUAACCCUCCACCGAUGGAGAAGACGGUACGCAAGAAGAGACCCCCGCUACAGGAGUACAUCCGCAAACUCCUCUAUAAAGAUCUGUCGAAGGUCACAACUGAGAAAGUGUUGAGGCAGAUGAGAAAGUUACCGUGGCAUGACUCUGACGUCAAGAGUUAUCUGAUAUGCUGUAUGGUCAACAUCUGGAACGUCAAAUACAACAGCAUCCACUGCGUGGCUAACCUGCUGGCCGGCCUGGUAGCGUAUCAGGAGGACGUUGGCAUUCACGUGGUGGACGGCGUGCUGGAGGACAUCCGACUGGGCAUGGAGGUGAAUCAGCCCAAGUUUAACCAGCGGCGAAUCAGCAGCGCUAAGUUUCUGGGCGAGCUGUAUAACUAUCGCAUGGUGGAGUCUGCCGUCAUCUUCAGGACUCUCUUCUCCUUCAUCUCGUUCGGCGUGAACACUGACGGCUCUCCCGGUGUCCUUGACCCCCCCGAGCACCUGUUCCGCAUACGGGUGGUCUGCACGCUGCUCGACACCUGCGGACAGUACUUUGAUCGCGGAUCCAGCAAGAAGAAGCUUGACUGCUUCCUCAUCUACUUCCAGAGGUAUAUCUGGUGGAAGAAGAGUCUAGACGUGUGGAGCAAAGAGCAGCCGUUCCCCAUCGAUAUCGAGUACAUGAUCACAGACACGCUGGAGUUACUGCGACCCAAAAUGAAGCUGUGUUCGUCUCUUGAUGAAGCUUGUGCUCAGGUCACACAGCUGGAGAGAGAGCUCCUCGUCAAACUGGGUUUGGAAAAAGACGGUCGCUCCUCCAGCGCUAUGGCUGAGAACGAGGGUCUGGAUGAGGAGGAGGAUGAUGAUGAAGAUGAGGGAGGUGCAGAGACAGAAGAACAGUCUGGAAAUGAGAGCGAGAUGAAUGACCAGGAGGAAGAGGAGGGCUCUGAGAAUGAGGAAGAGGAACAUGAUGAGGAAGAGGAGAACACUGACUAUCUGACAGACUCGAACAAAGAGAACGAGACGGAUGAGGAGAAUAAUGAGGUGAUGAUCCGUGGUGGGGGGAUCAAGCACGUGGCGUGUGCUGAGGAUGAAGACUUCAUCCAGGCGCUGGACAAGAUGAUGCUGGAAAACCUGCAGCAGCGCAGUGGAGAGGCAGUGAAGGUACAUCAGUUGGAUGUGUCGAUUCCUCUUCAGUUAAAGAGUCAGCUGAAGAAAAACCCUGCUCCCUCCUGCACGGCCGAUGCAGACACAGACAUCAGUAACACCAUGCAGUUUGUCAUGCUCACGCGGAAAGGCAACAAACAGCAGUUUAAGAUCUUGAACGUUCCGCUGUCGUCUCAUCUGGCGGCGAAUCACUUCAACCAGCAGCAAGCAGAGCAGGAGGAGCGCAUGCGCAUGAAGAAACUCACGCUGGACAUCAAUGAGCGUCAGGAGCAGGAGGAUUAUCAGGAGAUGAUGCAGUCCCUCGCUCAGAGACCGGCACCCGCCAACACAAACAGAGAGCGCCGCCCGCGAUACCAACACCCAAAAGGAGCACCGAACGCUGAUCUCAUUUUCAAGACCGGCGGCAGGAGACGCUGAUGAUGUCAGGAUGAGCACAUGACGGAGUCAUAACGAGAGAGAGACAGAAACAGACGGGUAGACAGCGGUGCUUUGGAUCCACCUGCUCUGGGAUGGAGACCCACCUAUUACGGACACGCCCUCCUGACUCCAGCCUCACCGCGGCAACCAAAAUGGAGCAUCAUCAGCUGGAGGAGAUGAAGAGGGAGUCAAGCACACACACACACACAUUCAUGGACACAAACAGUGUAGGAGUGUGUAGACGUGUGAAAGAGUUUAAUGCACACACGCGUGUGAGCGAUGCUGAACUGAAGCGUGUAUCGACACAAAGGUGAUUUGUUUUGACUGAUGCACUUUGAUAUUGUCCAGUGUUGAAACUGAAAUGGAGGUGAACGAAUCACUUAAGUUCUUCAGACAAACCUUCAGCUCAUGAUCGAGUUGCUUCACUCGAUCUCUUUCUAUUCUUUCUCCUGAUAUUGUUCUCAGCGUUGGAGUGCCGUAUGUGAUCUGCAUGGAUAACCGCAGCUGUGAACAUGUUCUGUGUUGCAGUAAAGUGACUUUGUGUCAUUUUUGUGACAGCGAUGUGUCCGGGUGAGCUCACUAACUAGUGCAGGUGACGUUAUUGUAAUACAGCCGCACAGAAUGCGGUAGAACCGGACAGAAACGUGUCUGUGGUUGGGACAGGUAAGUCUGUCUGAUACCUGACUCGAAUUAGACAGAGAAUCAUGUGACGCGUGUCCCAUCUGAAGGCAUAUAUGUGUCUAUUUACAGAAAGAUUUUUAAAUGUCAAGAUUUGAUGUGAUUUUGGUUGGGAUUUUCUGUCACUUGUGUUUGUUGUGCUUUGAAUCUCUUCAUGUCAUCAGUAAAAAGUGAUAGCUUGUGUUUUGAAAUGGGUUGUAAAGUGAUUCUGCUUUGUUUUCUACUCAGACUUUUCACUCAGUUGCCUGAAUAAACAUCUCUGUCAAAGGUG